AUGGAUGGGCUGUACCUGAGGGAGGAGGAGCAGAAGGCGAGGAUGGAUUCGGUCAUGGCGAUGCCGAAGGCAACACCCAUGAGCAGCACGUGCCAGUUCCACCCGUUGUCACAGCUGAAGCACGCUGACAGCCCACCAGCCGUGGCGAGCCAGGGGGCCGUCUUGUCCUUGGAGAGGUGCGCGACGAAGGUGAUGAGCAGCGCGAGGAAGACGAGCUCUAGCACGCGCGUGGACCAUGAGAAGACGCGCACUGGCGCCGUGAGCGUGUGCGACCCCAUGGGGACGAGGAACGAGGGCGACGGGAAACGAUUCUGCGCUGGAGCUGCCUCUCUGAAACCCCAUUUCUCCUCCACGACUGUGACUGGUUUGCAAGUGUACACUCCGCACACCUGCACUCCACGCACAUCUGACACCAUGGCUGCCACCGCUGCGUCCGCCAGCCUCAAGGCUUCCACGUUCGUGCAGCCUAAGAUCAAUGCCGCCUCCCUCAAGGCUGCUCCCGUCUCGCAGGCUUUCGGCCUGAAGACUGCCUCCGCCAAGGUGUCGUGCUCCGCGGAGGAGAAUGUGCGCGGCUUCGUGCAGAAGUGCGCUGAUGCCGGCAAGACCGCUGCCCUUGCCCUCGCCUCCACUGCCCUGGUCGCUUCGUCUGCCCAGGCCGCCAUCCCCAGGCUGACCUUCGACGAGCUCCAGAGCCUGACCUACUCCGAGGUGAAGGGCAGCGGCAUCGCCAACCAGUGCCCCGUCAUCGCCGGCGGUGUUGACGGCUUCGCCUUCAAGUCCGGCAAGUACCAGGUGACGAAGAUGUGCCUGGAGCCCACCAACUUCACCGUGAAGGCUGAGUCGCAGUUCAAGGGCCAGGGCGAGGACUUCCAGAAGACCAAGCUCAUGACCCGCCUCACCUACACCCUGGAUGAGAUCGAGGGUCCCCUGGAGGUGGACGGGAAGAACCUCAAGUUCACCGAGGUUGAUGGCAUUGACUACGCCGCCGUCACCGUCCAACUUGCCGGUGGCGAGAGGGUUCCCUUCCUGUUCACCGUCAAGGAGCUCGUUGCCACCGGUACCGCCGACAGCUUCGGUGGGUCGUUCCUCGUGCCGUCGUACCGUGGCGCCACCUUCCUUGACCCCAAGGGCCGCGGUGGCGCUCAGGGUUACGACACCGCCGUCGCUCUGCCCGCUGGUGGUUUCGGCGAUGAGGACAAACUGCAGAAGGAGAACCAGAAGAGCUACAAGUCCCUGAGCGGCAACAUCAAGUUCAGCGUUGCCAAGUCGAAUGUUGAGACCGGAGAGAUCGGCGGUGUGUUCACGAGCGUGCAGCCGUCCGACACAGACAUGGGUGCCAAGGUCCCCAAGGAUGUGAAGAUCGAGGGCAUCUGGUACGCCCAGCUUAACUAA